UGAGAGUUUUUACACAACAGAGAGGAAGAAUCCGUUUGUCAGCGGCGUAAAUGUUACAUUAAAUGAACUGCGUAUAAUGUGCUGCUUUUAAGAAUAUCAACCGUUGUAUGUAGUGCAGUAUUUUCUUAAGUUAAUUCUUUAGAUUUGGAGAAAGGAAACGUUGAGCACAACCUAAAGGUUAGGUCUGACAGCAGAGCAAUGAGUGACCCUGAGCCACCAUCAUUUGCAUCUAUUGAAGAAGAGAGAGACUACUGGAAGGAACAAACUGCCCAAUUGCAGCAGAGGGCUGAAGAAGCACAGGAGGAGCUGCAGGAGUUUCAGCAGAUGAGUCGAGAUUAUGAGGUGGAGCUGGAAACUGAGCUAAAGCAGUGUGAAGCUCGCAACCGUGAGCUGCUUACAACCAACAACAGACUACGCAUGGAUUUAGAAAACUACAAGGAGAAAUAUGAAACACAGCACUCUGAGGCAGUCAGGCAGAUCUCCACUUUAGAAGGUGACCUGUCAGAGACCACAGCCAUCAAGGACCGGUUACACAAGUAUAUCCGGGAGUUGGAACAGUCAAAUGAUGACCUGGAAAGAGCUAAGCGGGCCACUAUUAUGUCACUUGAUGACUUUGAGCAAAGAAUGAAUCACGUCAUAGAGCGAAAUGCCUUCCUCGAGAGUGAGCUUGAUGAAAAGGAGAAUCUUUUAGAAUCGGUACAGAGAUUAAAGGAUGAAGCUAGAGAUCUAAAACAGGAGCUGGCUGUUCAGCAUAAACAAGAGCGCAAGUCAUCUAUCAGCCUGUUUAAAGAGAUGGAAAAGCCAGAUGCCGCACCCUCAAGACCCUCCUCUGUUGUUAACUCCGCCCUUCCAUCUAUCCUUGCUACACCUUCUAGGCCUCCAGGCUCAAUGAGUGCCUUCAACACCCCACCAGCUUCCUACAACAGACUUGAAGGUCUGACUGGAACUCCCCUUACCACAUCUGCACGGAUAUCUGCCCUCAACAUCGUUGGAGAGUUGUUAAGAAAAGUCGGGAACCUUGAAUCCAAGUUGGCAUCAUGUCGAGAAUUACACGUGCACGAGAAAACACCAAGCCGCACCGCCAUUGCACAGACUACACAAAGUAUUUCAAGGGACACCCCUGAUAAUCCAUCAAACACAAAUGGCCUCUAUGAUAAUGGGAUGGUAAAACGGUUGGACUUUGGAACAGGAUCCAAGAUAAUGCUGUGAAUAAAGCAUUAUCUGCUCUCACAAUUGAAAGUCUCUUUCAUUCCCAUAUCAUUGGGAAGUAUUUCUAAUUCAUCACAUCAGAAUGCUUCAUCUUCAGGAACUCUUCUUCUUAUGCUCGCAGUCUUCAUGUUCUUCUGAAGGGUUUUGCUUUGACAGUUAUACCAACACCCUUUCUGCCUGUUAUUAUGUAACUGUUCAUCAGCUCUUUGGAAUGACUGUUCAUGUUUUACUAUUUUGUUUUGGUAUUCUUCAUGUGUACUUGCUCUUAAUAUCACAGCUUUUUUUGUUUGUGUUGUUUUUAGGUAUGUCAACCUAGCCGUUUUAAUAUGCACUGUAAUAUUUUAAUAAUUAGCUCUUUUUGCGGCCCUAAAAUGAUGGUUUCAGAUGAAGAGUCCAUGAAAUUACACCUGUAAUUAUUUUUAUUUGGCACUGAACUACUGAAUGGCCCCAAAAGCUUUGUUUUUAUCUAGGAACUGUUUUUUUUUAUUGAGAACUUUGUUACAGAGGUUUACAGUGAGUUGUUGAGGACCGAAGCUGCUGUUGUGUUAGCAAGCAAUAGCAGAGGAAAUGUGUUUCAUUGUGAAAACCCCAGCUUUGGGGCCUUUGUAAAUUUCGAGCAAUAGCUAAUGCAAAUUUCGGAACUUUAUUUUCAUUGUCAGUGCUGUCUUUGAUUUCAAAGAUUGGGUCUACAGUACUGAAGUAGCUGCUGUCAUACCUCCUCUGAAAAGCAACGUGCCUUAUUUCUGUGGGCAUAGUGAGUUUUGCCUCAAAAGUUAACUUGGGUAUUUGGGAACUUAAUAGCCCAAAGGGAGUCACAGCUUCUCUCGCUAUUACCAAUAAAAGAAAUCUCUGAUAUGUCAGGGAGAAACUGAAUUCUGAAUGGAGGUUAGUCCGUUUAGUUUUCACAUCUCUCUCAUGUUAGAGUUGUAGAUAUAGUUGAGUAGAAAAACAACAUGAAUACUUCAGUGAAGGGUCAAAAUAUUUUUUUAUGUUAAAAGAUAUAUUUGCAAUUGCGUAGAGGUACUAAUAUAGACAAUAUUGUGAUUGAUAGGAAGAUUUAGAACAUUGCACCAGAGUCAUCUCAGGGCCUCAUGUAAGCAAUAACCUCACUAAAGACAUCAGUCUAAAUUAUGAUGUGACAUAUUUGUCUCUGUGUACAUGGCACAUACUAUUCCUUAUUAUAGAUUUGUCAUCAAGUUUUCUUUGCCGUUCAUAAUUUUAACAUCUGCGUCGUCUGUGACUUUGUCAAACGCUUUCUCCUGUCUGUGAAACCAUUUUAUUGUUGGUUAAUCUGUAACCUACAAAAUAAAAUGCUUAGUUAACAGGACAA